AAAGUUUGUAGCACUUGGGCAACAUAACCUAUUUCAGAUAAAACUAUUUACAUUCUCUUUGAGGUACACGUGAGUCGAGAGGAAGAUGCAAUUAACAAUGUCGAAGGGUUUCAAUAAAGAGGAAGCUCAGGAAGCGCGCAAAGAGCUUCAGAAAGAGGAUCAAUUUAUAUCGUGUUUAUUAUCUAUAAUGCCUCUGUCGACGCGUGAAUUGGCUGAUAAAAAUUAUCCAGCGACGGAGGAGAAAGAGCCUACAAAAAAAGCGAAGACUUUCACUAUACCAGGCAAGAAAAAUCAGAGAGCACAUACCUUUGAGGAGUUACAUGCAAAAUUGGAGGAAUUAAAGGGGGUCAAAAAGUUGGAUUAUAAACAGAAACUUCUUAAGAAAACUUUGAAAAAUAGAAUCAAGAAGAAGACGAAAAGAGAAGAACGUUUGGUACAGAAGAAGCUUGCUAGGAUAGAGCAGAAUACAGCUAGUGGUAGUAAAAUAAAGACGGAAGAUGAGGAAGUACCAAAAGUGCCGAAACCAAAACCAGUUUUCAAUUCGGAAGGUAAAAUGGUGUUCAGUAAAUUUGACUUCUCUGAGAUUGGCGUAAAGAAGAAACUACCUAAGAGUCAGAAUGACCCUAAAAAGAUGUUACAACAAUUACAACAGAAAAAAGAAAAAUUGAAACAAUUGGAAGAAUUAGGCGACAAAGAAAAAGCUGAAGAUAUUAGAGAGAAAGAUGCAUGGAAAUCUGCGUUGGCGAAAGCAUCUGGUGAAAAAAUUAAAGACGAUCCCGAGUUGCUGAAACGUACUAUAAAACGAAACGAGCAGAAAAAGAAACACAGCGCAAAGAAAUGGAAUUCCAGGAUAGAGAACGUACAGAAAUCUAUGCAGGAAAGGCAAGAAAAACGACGAGAAAAUAUUAUGAAGAAGAAGAAGGAGAAGAAACAGAAUAAAUUGAAAAAGGCGACAAAAAAAGGACGCAUAGUAUCUGGAUUUUAACCGUUUUUUUUUACAUAGCUAUAAUUUGAAUCAAAUUUACAUUGUAAAAUUUACGUUUUUAAGGAUAGUUAGUUUUUUAAUUUUGUUUAAUUUACUAUGUAUACUUAACUGCCGAUAAUCAUUCGAUUCAUCGAUUUAAUAGAGAAAAACUAUUCUAUACCAUGUUAUAUUUGUUGGCUAGAAUGUUGGAAUGUUUAUAAAAGAAAGUGUACAUUGUGAACUACCUACUUGUGUACAAUAUCAAUUUAUGUAUAAUACAGCCACGAAUAAUAACUUUAUUCAUGUAA